AUGAUGGAGCUGUACCUGCACGACAUUCGUGACAACAGCGGGUCCUUUCAGAACCCGACCAUGCAGCUCUUUGCGAUGGAAGAGGACGGCACAAACGUGUUUGUCAGCGUCAGGAACUUCAAGACCUACCUGUAUGUUGGCUUCGACUCCGAUAUGUCAGAAGAUGAUGUCCGGUCAAACUAUCUGGAGAAGUUCAAGCAGGAGAAGUGGGAGAGGAACGUUUACAAAAUGUCUGUCGUGAAGAGGAAGAGACUGAUCGGUUUCUCCGACGGGGACCUCUUUCCCUACAUUCUCAUGGAGUUCACUGGAACGAUAUCGUUCUACAUCGUCCGGAAACACUUACACGAACUCUGCGGCGAGCGCGACCCAGAACCGAACACGUUCGUCGACCUCAACAAGUACCCGAGAAUGUGCGUGUACGAGUCCAGGAGCGUCGACUCAGUUCUCAAGUUUUUUCACGCAAGUGGUGUCCGCCCGUCUUCAUACUUCCGGAUGGAGAACUACGUGCAAGUCCCCGACAAGGCGAAGAAGACGCACUGUGUCAAAGAAUUCAUCGUCGACUUCGUCAACGUGCACCCGGUGAGAGAAGAGAUCGUCGACCGCAAACCACCUCCGAUGACCAUCUGCUCCUACGACCUCGAGACGUCGGGGCUGAAUACCAACGAGGACUACAUCUUCCAAGCCUCGAUGAUAUUCUCCAGGCUCGGUGAUCCGUGCCAGGAUGCCAAGGGUUCCGCCACGGGCCACGCCGUGGACUCGUAUACGGACGGCGUUGUCAUCUGCGUAGGUGACACGGAAUCUGUCGACGGUACGCCUUUGCUUAUCGUGGAGAACGAGCUGCAGCUCCUCGACAAGUUUAGAGAGAUCUUGAUCGAGCGGGGCUGCAACAUUCUGUGCGGAUACAACACCUUCAAGUUCGACUCGGCGUUCUUGUACAAGAGAGCAGAGAGGUACGGCUUCGACGGGUUCAAGAAGCUUAGUUUCAUCAAGGAUCUCGCUUGUGAUCUGGAGGUCAAGACUUUGCAAAGCGCCGCCCUCGGCAAGAACGAGCUCAAACAGAUCAUCAUCCCUGGACGCGUCGAGAUAGACCUGUUCAUGGUCAUGAGGCGCUCGCAGAAACUCUCAAGCUACAAGCUCAACGCCGUUUGUGAUAAAUUCUUCGGUGGAAAGAAAGACGACGUCACGUACACGGACAUCCUGCAGGCAUGCACGUCCAAGGACCCGAAGAAGCUGGGUGUCAUCGCCAAGUACUGCUACCAAGACAGUGGGCUUGUCCUGAAACUUUUGGACAAGAUCAAGGAGGUGUACGACGCGACAGAGAUGGCCAAGUUGUGCACAGUUCCGCUGACCUACAUCGUGGGGAGAGGACAGCAAAUCAAGUGUAUGAGCCUAAUCCUCAACCGGAUCCACGGAGAAUAUGUAUGCAACUACGUGGUUGCCAAGAAGAAGGUGGCGGCCGACGGCAAGCAAGUGUUGAACGAGGGGUACAAAGGGGCGUCUGUCAUCGACGCCAAGAAAGGGUUCUACGAAAAGGACCCGGUCGUGACCAUGGACUUCGCGUCGCUGUACCCCAGCAUCAUGCGGCUGAAGCAGCUCUGCUACACGACUAUCGUCAAGGACGUGAAGUACAGAGGCAUCGAAGGCGUCACUUACGAGGACCACCAGAUUUCGGACGGAGUCAGCGUCACAUUCGCGCACCGCUCUGGGUCCAGAAGCAUUCUGUGCGAGCUGGAAGAAAUGCUUGGCGAGGAGAGGAAGGCGACCAAGAAACUGAUGAAGUCUGAGAAGGAUCCGUUCGCGUACUCUCUCUUAGAUUCAAAGCAGAAGGCCCAGAAGGUGACGAUGAACUCCAUCUACGGUUUCACGGGGACGGUCAACAACGGCAUGCUUCCGCUCGUGGAGAUCGCGGCCGCCGUGACUUCGACCGGCAGAGACAUGAUCAAGCGCACCAAGGAGUAUGCCGAGAAGGAGCACGGCUGCAACGUCAUCUAUGGCGACACGGAUUCCGUCAUGGUCAUCUUCCCCGAGCACCGUAAAAUCGAGAAUCUGGGCGACAAGAUGCGCUACUGCUUCGACAUGGGAACGAAGGUAUCCAAGGAGAUCUCGGAAAUGUUUGGGCACCCCAUUCUUCUCGAGUUCGAAAACAUUUACUUCAAGUAUCUCUUGGUUUCCAAGAAGAGGUACGCCGGACUAUCCUGGGAGACGGUCGAGGGGCCGCCGACGAUGACGAUGAAGGGUUUGGUGACUGUCAGGCGAGAUAACGCCCCAUUUGUCGGCAGGUGUGCAUCCGAGGCCAUCCACAUGCUCAUGGACGUCGGCGUCACGGACGGGAGGGGAGCCGUGAAGAAACAUCUCACCGAGACUCUGCUGCAGCUCGAGAGGGGGCAGAUCUCGAUCGAAGACCUGACCAUCAGGAAGGAGCUGAAGCAGUGGGUUUACAAGACACCGUCACCACACGCGACGCUCGCGCUCAAGAUAUUGGAGCGCACGAAGGAACAGGCGGUCUUCCGCGAGUUCAUCAAGCCGGCCUACGAGAUGGUUGGCGGCUACGACGACGCGCUCCUGUCGACUGUCUGGACCAAGAUGACCAAUCUCAAGUCAUUUUUGUCUACGCGCGCCAAGAGAGAGAUUUCGAUGGGUGACAUGGUCGAAAGUAUUCGUGGAGACACGACCAGCCCUUUCAAGGCAGAGGCAUACGCGGUGGUAGCGUUGCGCCAGCUUUACGACGAUGUCCACAGCGUUCUGGUAGACGAGAGUUUUGCGGGAGUUGUCGGAUUGGUGAUGGUCGGUAUCGGAGACGCGCACAAGCUAGGAGAGAGGUACAUGGCGUUCGUGAGGUACAAUGUUGUUGACUGGGACCCGCCCACGCUAGGAGAGAGGAUACCGUACGUGAUCACGACGGGCAAGGGAGACAUUAGCUCCAGGGCGGAAGACCCCCGAAUGGUCAACGUCGGCAGGUGCCGACCCGACUUCCUCUACUACAUCGAUCACCAGCUGAGGAACCCAAUGGUGGAUCUUCUGCAGCACGUCAUAGACUCGCCGGCGAACUUGUUUGUGGAAUCGCAGAGAAGGAUGUCGAACCUGAAUCAUGGCCGGAAAGAGAUUACCACUUUCUUCAAGAAGCGCAGGGUCACGGAAGGUUGA